AUGGGGAGUGGCUAUUACAAUGUGAUGGCAGCAGUGCUCUUGGUUACGAACCUUGAGAGGGCAGGAACAGUACAAGAUUCCUGUGGAAACUGUCCAGCUGGCACUUUCUGUGGGAACCACAUGUGCAAUCCUUGUCCUCCAAACAGCUUCUCCAGCACAGGUGGAAAGAAAGCCUGUGAUAUAUGCCAGCAAUGCGUAGGUGUUUUCAGAACCAAGAAGCCUUGCUCACCAACCAGCAAUGCAGAGUGUGAGUGUAUCCCAGGAUACCACUGUUUGGGGACAGCAUGCAACAUGUGCCAACAAGAUUGCAAGCAAGGCCAAGAAUUCACAAAAGAGGGUUGUAAAGACUGCUGCUUUGGGACAUUUAAUGAUCAGAAACAUGGUAGCUGUCGUCCCUGGAAAAACUGCUCUUUGGAUGGCAAGAUCAUCCUUGUGAAUGGAACAAAGGAAAAGGAUGUAGUGUGUGGCCCCUCUUUGGCUGACUUGUCUCCAGGUAUGUCCUCCACCACCAUUAUUGCUUCCAGAAGACAGCCAGAUCACCAUUCACCGAGCAUCACCUUCUUCCUUGCUGUAACCUCGGCUGCCAUCUUGAUCCUGGUGUUCUUCCUUAUACUCCGUUUCUCUGUUGCUAAAUGGAGCAGAAAGAAACUCCUGUACAUAUUAAAGCAACCAUUUGCCCAGCCAAUACGAACAGCCCAGGAGGAAGAUGCCAGUAGCUGCCGGUUUCCAGAAGAAGAAGAAGGAAAUUGUGAACUGUGA